AUGCAUUUGGCUGCCCUGCAGAAUCGCCGAAGCAGGACCGAUCCAACGCCCAAAUCCGAGAGUUUACGCGGUCAGUCGUUCACUGAGUCACAUGUUCCUCCCCAACAUCCAUUGCCGUUAUCGUCGCCAGGGCUCUCUCUCGAACUCGAUGGGUCAUACCAUUGUAUAAACACCUCCGAUGCGCAGGGGAAUCCCGUCCAGCCAGCGCAUGACUCCGAACAAUAUCCGCUUGACCGCGGAUCUUUUGCGCCAACACAACCUAGCCCUAACCACCGUGCAAUUAACGAAGGACACCAUGAAGUAAGACAGCACGCGCCAACAACUGAAGAAGAAAGUGAGGCUUCAAGAAAUACUCGAGAGGCGGAACUUUUGCAACUAUAUGAAAAGUUUAACGACCUCUCCGCCAAGAGAGUGCGAGCUCGACAGUCCCGUAUGGCGUUAAGGUAUAAGCGGGAGGACGAGCUUGAGCUAAGAGUAAGGUUUAUGAAACACCUCAACUCCUUCUUCGCCGACAUGGACCUUCCCGAAGCGGGGCCAAUUAUGGAAGAGUAUCAACUUCUGCAAGUUGCCACGGAAGACUAUUUGAGACUGGAGGAUAGCUAUCGGCAAGAGGAAGAUGAACUAGAAGAACAAGAGUACUUGCUCUCUAUUUCGAUUGAGUCCUUGACGAGAUCGCAAAACUGGGGACCUGAGCCGAAUUUUCAACCCGGCACUAGAACUUGGAGUCCAGUCUCAGAUGAUGAUGCGGCCGUCCGAGAACUGCCGCAUUGUAUAACUGCUUAUCUGUCACGCAUAGGAGACGAGCGUAUUCUUCAAGAGCGCCUUGCCGAUCUUGACUCGGAAUGGUUUUUUACCACUGAAAGACAAGCCCAAAGGCUACAGUAUAAGUUGUCCAUGGAAGACGAGGACUCAAAAUAUUUCCUGAAGACAUAUGAUGAAGAAAGAGCCAGAAUCUGGAAGGAGCUAAACAAUGCCCAAAUGGAUGUGGUCUCUUUGCACGCGAUCUGUCUCGAAGAAGGACAUCGCGGAUUCGACUAUGAGGACCUCUCAGCCCUUAAUAUAUACCAGCACUACGUCGAUGAUACCUUAUGGGCACCAGAGACAGGCCCAUUAAGACUCCCCCUUGACGAGUACUUCGUGUUUUCAGGAGAGUCCCAAGUUUCGAGUUUAGAUCAAGACUACCCUAUUCCUCUUGAACCCAACAGCGGCACGGCUGACCAGUCGCCGUUGAGACGCUUCCAAUUCUCCCAGGCACUCCAACAAACAUCCUCGAUCCGCUCUAACGAGUUCAUAAACAAAUGGAUGCUCCACCAGCUCCGUAUCUCGUCAAUAGGUAUAUGGCACCUGCAACGCUCCCCGCGUUGGCAAUCACUUCGCGCGCAGGGCUUGCGCGAGUAUGAGAUUAGCCAGCUUAUCCUUGAUUGGUGGUUCUCUGAUGAAACGGCGCAGGCGCCGUCAUCUGAUAAUUCCUAUCUAAACAAUGCCGAUGACGGCGACGCUGAUACCUUUGUGGGUUAUGCCAAUGGCCAGGGAAGACACCUGAAGAAGGCAUCUUCACAGUCCCUGGUAUCGUCGCCACGGGUCUCAGCCCCGAAGCUCGGUCCACGGCGUUACUCGAGGCCAUAA